UACCAUACCAUACAUUAUGAACCAUGAGACCAUCUUCCAAGUAAACCAAACAAAUCAAGGGGCAAAAUACAAAAAUAAAUAAUAAUUUACCCUUACCAAAAUCAUAAACAUUCACCUUCGAACCAAGAGCCGCGUCUGUUUCUCUAUCAGUUGUUUCGGCAAUGUUGAAGCGUGGAAGCAAGUCAAAGGCUUGGCAUGGAUUUCAAAACCAUCGGCUACCAGUUUUGGUUACUUGUUUGGUUUUGAUCCCCUUGUUUUUAAUCUUGUUAUUUUUCAAUAAUAGCAAGAAAACACAUUCUUCACUUGGAUUUACAGUGCAAAAAUGGAAUAGUUUUGAUUCAAUGCAGCUUCGCCCAACUAUAGAGUUUAGAAAUGCAACAGAUGUGAUAUGGCAAAUACCAGAUUCAGCCAAAGCAGUUAUCUUCUUGGCUCAUGGAUGCAAUGGCAGAGCUGUUAAUUUCUGGGACAGAUCUCCCAGCUGUCCUAAUUGCGUUGGUUUGCCUGAGGAAAGGCUACUUGUUCUUCAUGCUCUUGUUCAUAAAUUUGCUGUUCUUACCAUAUCAAGCAUGGGUAGGUGCUGGACAUUUGGGGAGGAAAUGUUGAUUGUUAAGAAUAUUAUAAGAUGGUGGUUAUGGAGGAAUAAACUUGAAAAGCUUCCACUUGUCGCUUUGGGGGCCUCUUCUGGUGGUUACUUUGUUUCUGCACUUGCCACCAGUUUGAGGUUUAGCAGCAUUAUAAUUAUGAUUGCUGAAGGGAUAUUUGAUCAAAUGGAUGUCACGGAAAACUAUCCACCGACACUCUUUGUUCACAUGCCCAAAGAUUUAUAUAGACAGCAAAAGAUAAGUGAAUUUAUUGAAGUUCUAAAGAAUAAAGGCAUUGAUGUUGCUGAGGUUGAGUGCCUCGAGUUCCCACUAUCCCCAUUUUUCUUGGCAGAUAGAAUUCCAGGACUUAAUCAAACUGUUUCUGCUAAGUUGUUUAAGCUAUUUGGAGACAAGGGCUUUAUUGAUAGAAAGGGAUAUAUGAUGAAAGAUGGGCGUGCAACACAUUGGAAAGAAGCUCUCCAUGAAACUAAGGAAAUUGUGCUGGAUAAGAAUUUGGUUCAACAUGUGCAGGAGGAACUAAAUCUUGCAUUUGCAUACCAUGAAAUGACUAGCUUGCAGUCUGAGCAGUUCUUUAAAUGGUUUGAAUCUCAUAUGAAAUAAUGAUGACUUCAUCAUGAAACAUUCUUCCUUACACUUGAAAGAGCUUUCUUCCAACCAAAGCUUGUAUCAAAAAAUAAAUAAAUAAGAGGAUACUUCAAUCCAAGUAACACGAAGGCUGAAAUUGCAGGGGAUUGUUCAGAAAGGGGAAGGAUGAAGUAGGGGUCUGCAUGUCCUCCUUCCUGCAAUGAGACAGGUGCGUAACCAAUUGACUAUUUGCCAAAGGACUUGAAAUUUAGAUUGACUAGUCAUUGAACUGUGUACAUCUGUGUAUCAGUUUAGGAUUUAUGAUUAUAGAAAUUUAGGUUUUGGUAGAUGAUGUUAGUUGGUGAAAUUUCUAACUCUACAGCUUACUCAAAGAUACAUUAUUGAAAGACAAUUGAUUAUAUGUAAGCACUAUAUAUAGCAGACCAGACAAGUUUAUAUGAUAUGAUUUGUAUUCAAAUAAAUUUGGAACAAGAAUGGAUGAAUGAUGCAACUGUGCAAAGGAGAAAUUCUCCAUUUUAUAA